GUCUUGUUAAGUCGUGACCUCACACGCGCUGCGAGCGGAUAUUCACAUUUUGCAAGAGGUCUAAUGCCAGUCACUGGGAGACCGCCAUGUCUAAAGAGCACCAGACCCCCCGUGAGCCCGAGCAGCUUCGUAAGCUGUUUAUCGGGGGACUCAGUUUUGAGACAACAGAUGAGAGUCUACGGGCCCAUUUCGAGCAAUGGGGGACCCUUACAGACUGUGUGGUUAUGAGGGACCCCAACACAAAGAGGUCGAGAGGUUUUGGGUUUGUGACCUAUAGUUCAGUGAAUGAGGUGGAUGCAGCAAUGGAUGCACGUCCGCAUAAAGUGGACGGAAGAGCUGUUGAACCCAAGAGGGCCGUGUCUAGAGAAGACUCAAGCAGACCAGGCGCUCACUCCACUGUUAAAAAGAUUUUUGUGGGUGGAAUCAAAGAAGACACCGAUGAAGAACAUUUGCGUGAGUAUUUCUGUCAGUUUGGUAAAAUCGAGGAGGUGAACAUCAUGACUGAGAAGAACAGUGAUAAGAGGAGGGGAUUCGCCUUCAUCACGUUUGACGACCACGACGCUGUUGACAGAAUUGUCAUUCAGAAGUACCACACAGUGAAUGGACAUAACUGUGAAGUCAGGAAAGCUCUCUCCAGAGAGGAAAUGAACAGGGUUUCAAUUAAUCCACGAGGUGGCCGAGGAGGUGGUGGCGGUAACUUUAGCAGAGGAGGCGGCUAUGGAGGUGGAUAUGGAGGAGGAGGAAGAGGAGGUUAUGGUGGCGGUGAUGGAUUUAAUGGUUAUGGAGGAAAUGGUGGUGGCGGCUAUGGUGGAGGCGGUCCUGGCUAUGGUGGUAACCGUGGUUACGGAGGCAGUGGCGGUGGUUAUGGCAACCAGGGUGGAGGCUACAGUGGCGGUGGAUUUGAUAACUACAACAGUGGAGGUGGAGGCAACUUUGGAGGAGGCAACUUUGGAGGUGGAGAUUACAAUGACUUUGGCAACUAUAACAACCAAUCCUCUAACUAUGGCCCAGUGAAGGGAGGAAACUACGGAGGUGGUGCUGGUGGAAGGAGCGGUGGUGGCCCAUAUGGUGGUGGCUAUGGAGGAGGCUCCAGUGGUGGUGGUUAUGGUGGAGGCGGUUAUGGUGGAGGUUCUGGUGGCCGGAGAUUUUAGGUUCCAGGGCCACUGUACUUAGGAGAGCCAAAGAGAGAUGACAGGGAAAGGAGAGAAUGAAGGAAAGAAGCAAGCAGGUUUACACCUAGAUCUGCCAAGCCAAGUGGUGUGGUGGCGCUAUUAACGUCUGCCACGUGAAGAGAACGUGUUCAGUAGGGGAGGAAAAUCAUGUGGGGAGGUUGGGUGGGAAAGUGGGGUGUUUAUUUGGGGGGUGGGGGGUUGUGGAAGGAACAUGUCAAAAGUACUCUCAUGCUGGCGAAGUUUUACUAGUUUGUAGUUUGUCCCUUUUUUUGUUUGUGAAGUGCAAAGCAUUCCAGUGAGGUUUUAUACAGGGUUUAAUGGUUGGAUUUUCUCUUAAACUAAUAGGGUGUCUCUCUUUUGCUUUUUUAAAUGUAAGCAUUUACCAAUCAAGAUAAAAUAAACCGCUCCAGUUUUUUAAAAAAAUUGUAUUCGUCACUGUUUUAAUUGAGUUAAAUGUGAUAUUAAACAGUCGCUCAGUUGUGUACGAAUGAUUGCGUAGUACAGAACCGAAACAUACCAAACUGUUGUGUGCUUUUUGUGUAUUGAUAUCUUUCCUAAUCUAAAGGUUUGUCUGUAGAUAUAUUCCUUAAACCUUAAGUUACCUUGCCUUCUUAUAGAAUAAUCAAUAAGGUUUGAAAGCACUCUGGUCUUGAUUGUUGCAAAUUGAAUGCAACAUUGUUUUUCAAGCAUUGGUUGAAAUCUUAAUGAGGAACUUUCUUGACAGUAAAAUUUCAAGUAAAGGAUUUCCAUUAAAGGCUUGCGACUGUUUAACUUGAGCAAAGCUUGAGUUGUAUAGUGCUUUUUAUUUUUAUAAUUAGGCUUAGCAUUUUUUCCCCAUUUUGAUAGUUUUAUUUUUAGAUUUUGCUAUUGCUCGGUAGCAUGUAGUUCAUCUUUUGGACAAGUUUAAUGUCCUUAUGUUUUUAUGAAUGAAAUCCAUAAGAGGAUUUUUAGCAGCUCUGCAUUGUCAACCGAAGGCGAUCACACUCAUAAACAGUCAGACUAUCCGAUGAAGUACCAACACAAAUUCUAGCCAUCGGGAGGAGCCAGCUUAAAGGCUAGACAAGCAGAAGAAACUGUUGAGAAGCACUCCAGCAAAGAGAGGCUAGCCGUUGGAUUGAGCCAGCUGAGAGGCUAGCUUAUUGGAAUCUCCAGCUAAGGGAUAGUAGCAAGAUCCUCGCUUGGAGCCAGAGAAGCAGGGGGCAGCAAGCAGUCUUAUUGAGAACAGAUGAUUGCUCUUGUAAGACUAGCGAGAAACAGCUACCAAAGUAAGGCAUUUAACAUACCAGACUGGUAGGUAAAAGGAGAAUAUUAGUUUUCUUUAAUGUCAAUUAUUUGUGCACAUCAAAAUAAAGAUUUUGUUGCUUUGAUUUCGUGGUUGUGGUAAAAAACAUGGCUGCUAAACUAUCACAGUGACCAAAUAAAGUGAUUAAAGAAUGGAUCGGAAUCUUUAACGUUUGUGUUGUAAAAGUACAUACAUGUAUGUUGUUUUUAUGGUGGUGCAUGAGACACUUAUGACUUAGACUUCCUGUGCUUGACUACAUGUUAGUGAUGUCCACUCCAACAUUUUUAAGUCAAUUAUUUUUACUUCUAGGUGAAUAAACUGGUGUAUUUUAAUCCUGUGGCACAUCAAGUUGCAUCAGCAGUGACUGGCUGAUAAUCUUGAAGGUAAGUGAUUCAUUAUUUUAUCAUCCCUAUCAUUUUCAAAAUGCCUUAUUUUUUUUCUUUGCUUCCAGGGUAGCUAAAGACUGCUGCAAGCAUCUACCCCAAAACAGCUGUCACAUGAAAGUUUUCAAAAUGUAAUUCACAUUCUAAAGCUCCAGCUUUUUACCCAUGUUUGAGGGUGGACAGAAUGCCUGAAAUGGUUAUCACGGCAUGGAGACAAAUCAUAGCUGCAGGGCAGUAUUAGAUGCUUAUCUAAUUUUUUGUCAAGAGAUUUUAUAUUUUUUUUAAUAAAAUUGAUACGUGCAUUGUGUAAUGCCUAAUUUACCAAUGGACUAAUGUUAAGAAACUGGGGGAUGGUUGUUCAGCAUACAAAAUAUGGUAAUAUUUAAACAAAAGAGAAAAGAGACUGAAAUUCUUUGAUAUUUGGGAUAGAUUUUAAUUAAUGGGGAAUUAUGAUAGUAAGUGGGUUGAUGCAUAAUCUAGGGACCCAACUUAGUCUUUAUGAACUGUCAACUGAAAUAUAUGAAGACAUAACACUAGCUUUUAUUUCUUAUUUGAUUUCAAACUUUUUUUUAACUAGAUUUAAUAUAGCAAGUUAGAAGUUUGUGUAUUAUGCUCAGGAAAAACCUAUAAGUGUGUGAGAAAAAAGAUUUCUAUGGUAAGAAAAGGAUCAUGGGGUGAAAAUUUUUUGUAGUUAGAGAUCAAGAUUUUUAUUCAUUAGCAGAAACCACUAACUGAAAUGGGGUUUUCCAUGGCUGAUACUCAAAUUAUUACAUAUGGUCCCCUCAAGUGCUGAAUAUAGGGUUACAGCCUUAUGUGAGUGAGAUGUUUACAUGUUGUGAAAUGAUAAAGUGAGCUGAUCUUGGAAUAAACCUUGGAAUAAAAGUCCUUGAAGUCACCCCGAAUUAACUGAGGAAAUACACGUAGAUGCAUUGUCCUUUGAUUUUGGCCGAUGAAGGCUUUUGUUAGUUAAUUCAUUUUCUAUGUAGUUAUUUUAAGAGUGUUUUUAAGUUGAUGUAGAUAUCAUUCAGUAAGGAGUAUCGCAGUUCAUCUGGAAGCUUAUGGCAGGUAAUUUUGGUGAACUCCAUCCUGAGCCCAUGCUUCAGACAGUGGCUCAUGAAGAAUCCCAUGUCUUUGAGUUUGAAACAAUUCAUAUUCUGAAGUCCGUCUUAGUAGAGUGAAGUGAAGUCUGGCUGGCACAUGCUGCAGUUGGUCAUCAUCGCUCAGCAACAGUGGGAAUCGGACAUCAGGCAGGACUGGAGAUGGAUCUGGCAGGCUCUGGUAACCUUGGUUUAGACGGGGAAAGAAAUAGAAUAAGUGUAUAUGCCGACACUUAUGUCUACAGCUAAUGCAGCACAGAUUUUCUCAUUGUCUCAUUUACAAUACUCACAAACUUAAAAUGCACUUACUCCUGGUGUAUACUAGAUGUCAGAUUGUAAGGGAUAUGCAUUUCUGUUGUUGUAAUAGGCUAAAAUUGUUAAUAUCAGUACAUUAUGAUGUGUUAUGUAUUACAGAAAAUACUUUGUAGAAGGAUACAAAACUAAUUGAAUUUCUUAUUUUUAAGGCUUUGUUGAACAUUUCUCUCAACUUGUGCACUAAGUUGUCGGUGGGGACCGGGGGGUGUUUGUGUUUCACUGUCCCCUUCUGCAUUUCAUGGCACUGUUUCACAGCUCCCUUCAUCAUAUCAUGGCCAACUUUGGCAUAGCACAGCCACUUUUCACUGCUGGCCCACCGGGAAAAGUUCUUUUGAUGGCCAGUCUGCCUUUGGUCUGGGGUGUGUGUGUGCCGGAGGUGGAAUGUUACUCUGACCAAUGACCAUGCACUACACGGACACAUUUCGCUGUUGUGCUCCGUCUCCUUGUUUACAUCAGCCUACUUUUUAUACUGACCGAAGCCAAGCCACCCCACUCGCAAUUGCUGUUUCGGUAAUUUUUUUUUGUCUUGGGCACAAUUUAGUUAGUCUUUCUACACCAACAUCCACCUUCUAUUUUGUUUUUUACUAAAGAUUACUCAAAUCAAUUUGAAUUUGGUUAUGAAAUUGAAAUGCAUGCAAGUCUUAAUCUUAUAGUGAGAAAUUUGUGAAAUUUUUCUCGUAAUAAGAUUUGUAAAAACGACAUCUAAAAAUGAAAAAUAAAGAUUAUUGAUUUAAAAUAACUGUGCCAUGGUUACGUUGAAUUCAUUUGCCGUAAUUUAUAUAGGCUACAGAGCAGAGCUGCAACUACCAACAAGUGCACAAAGUGGUACAUUACCGUUGGAACUGUCAGUUGUUGUGUCAAUUUACAGCCAGACAGCGAUGAGACACUGCAAUGCACAUGCGCACUAGGCACGAUGUGGAAUGUGCCACUUGAGCCAGUACUUGAGAGGUCUCGUGUAACAGACCUAACGGUAGGACAGCAGAUGCUACUCUCAUAAAACCAGCAAUCUCUGAAAUGACUUGAGUGGCAAUGUAUUCCCCAGUUUGAACUGAGACAGACACCGAAGAAUGGUCUGUAUGCAUUUGUGAGAUGCACACGCAUGCUCACGGAGUCGAGACGAACCCCUAAAAAGGAGUUUUGCAGGAAAGUGUGCUUUUUGCCCAGUUGACAUUCAGACCCAGAUUUUUCAGAUGGCAAAGCAGCAAGUCUUCAAGUUCGCUCAGUAGUGCCUCUGAUUGGGCUAGUAAUAACCAGUCGUUGAGGUAAUUCAACACACGCACACCUUUCAUUUUCAAUGGGGUUAGCGCCACAUUGAUACAUUUUGUGAAUGUGCGGGGAGCCAGAGACCGUACGAAAGGACUUUGUAUUGAUACUCAGUUCCCUCAAACGCAAAUCUCAAAAACCGCUUGUGACGCAGUGCAGUUGAAACAUGAAAAUACGCGUCCUUCAGAUCUGACGCAAACCAGUCCUGAAGACGGAUGUGCGAUAAGAUCUGUUUCUGAGUUAACAUUUUGAAUGGGUGCUUUGUAAGCGCACGAUUCAAGCGUCUCAUCUGGAAUGGGCCAAAGCCCGGCAUCUUUCUUCGGAACGAGAAAAUAACGGCUGUAAACACUGCUGUGUGUGUCACAGUCUUGGACAGUAUCGCAUUUUUGGCGAGGAGACUGAACCUCUGUGCGCAACACCGGUGCAUCCUGUGGUGAAGUGGGGUGGCUGGCGUACAAACUGAAUCGUAUAACCGUGCUCAAUCAUUUUUAGCACACAGUCUGACGUGCCCAUGAGGGCUCGCCAUGCGUCCGCACAGCGGGACAGUGGGUUUAUUGAUUCACUUGCUAUAGGCAAUAAAGCGCUGCUCACCAUAGGGAAGUGGUUGAGCAUAACGUGCGGGGUGCAUGAUUUGUGAAGAGAAAAUGGCCCUUUUUCUGAGAAUGUGUGAACGUCCCGUGUUUGUACAAUGGGCACUUUGUUCUCUUGCGAGAACAAUCUCUGAGUAAUACAUACAGAAGCAAUGUUUUGAACAAUGUCCCAUUCCCGAUGAACAGUAAUGGGGAAGAGGGGAGAAACACUGUGUGUCUCUAAUCGAGCCUUUUUCGGCUCUGGGCUGUGAAUAACAGCAAGCUCAGGGCUCCUCUUCACAGGGCUGGGUAUGUCAGUAACAUUUCUGUUACCCGGCCAGAGUUUUUUUUGUUUUUUUUUUUCAGCGCGUUUUCGUGUUGCUCGUUCAUUUGUUGAAGCUUAGCUUGAAAAACCUGAAGCACCGACAUAUUGUGGAGUGCUGAACCAGCUUGGCCCACUGCUGUAUAAGCUCUCCCAGCCAGUGCUGACUUCAAUCGACAUGGCUUGGAAGGGUAGCCUUUUUUAUCGGCGUGGUCCACUUUAGCGAGGAUGGCGGCACCUCCGAUCUGAAUGCGCGAAGAGUAAGACGCACACCAGGUCUUUGUGAGCUCUGCGUGGACCUCAGGGAAGAAUGGUGUGCUCCUCCAGAUCGCGGUCUGUUGACGACAACCGGUUUGCAAAAACCAUUCAUCCAAGCGAGACUUUUCUGGCUCUUCUGGAGGGGACCAUUCAAGGCCGAGCUCUUCAACUGCCCUCGUGAGGACGCGAGGAAGCUCCUUGUCUGAUGUGUGCACGCUCUUCACCCUCACUGGGGAAAGAGGCAGCAACAUCCUCCAUGAACCACUCGCCCGAAGCUGUGAGUGACACAGCAUCAUCCUCAUCGUCAGAGCCGCCAAACUUAAUGAGGUCGUGCGCUCCAAUAGGGGGCAAGAGCUCAUCACGUGCGUAUUGCACAAGUGAGGACGUUAAAUCAGAAGUUCGGGAGGUUCGCAGGGCUUGCGCCGGCACAAGAUCCUCCUCUAAGACUUCCAGCUCAACCUCACUGCCCUGCCGUGACUCCUAAUGUGGUCCCUUGGGACUUAACACAGAAGAGGCAGGUGGGAGGGCACCAGAGGCUGGACCUUCCCUCAGAACGAGGUCAAUCCUAAUGUGCAAUGUCUGGAGAGUCAUGCCCUUGCAAUGAGGGCAGUCUGUCUCCAUGAGAGCUGCUCGUGCCUGGGCAGCGAACACAGCUCUCGUGCUCAUCAGGCAGUGGGAUGUGCCGUUCGCAUAUAAAACAUUUGCGGAACGACAUCUUAAAGACAUGUAUCACGCAGGCGGCUCUUUUAGUCAAUAUUGUAUACAGUAAUUCCAGUCGGAGCAUUUUGGGAAGCAGGUAGAAGUCUCCGCUGAAGCACCAUGCUGAUAAACGACGAGCGUCUGAAGCGAAGGACCUGUUAACCAAGAGCGUCUUCAGCGAUGUGCAGAACUCUUCACCGGAACACAUGGGAGCGGAAAGCCUCUCUGUGCAGGUGCUGAGCACAGGCGACAAGUCUUGCUGAGGAGUUCUGUCCGCUGUAAGUGUAUAUCAACGGCAAAGCAGAAAGGGUUCUAAGACUAAGUUUGCAGUCCUGAAGGAAGAAAAUUAUGAAGAAAUGGUGACUAAGCACCCGCUUACAUAGGCCUAAUGUGCACCUAAAGAGGUGGUGCUCAGACACCAUUGCCAGUCAGAGGAUUGCAAUGAUUGUAUAAGGGUUUCAAUAAGGUCGUGUUCGGAAACUUCCCCAUUGUGCUUACAUCCAAAGUCGAGUGAACUGAAUCAAUAGGAAUGGCAUCUUUUCUCAUAAUAGAAUGUCGUAUAAACAACAUAUUUUCUCAUAUUAAUUAUAUAUUAUGUUGUAAACAUUAUAUAUUUUCUCGUAGCACCGGCCUUCUACCAACAGGGUGUUAUGACGGGUCAAAUUUACAGAAGUGGUGACCCACAGAUGCUUCCUACACAGGUUGGGGCGCAGUGUGCGAUGGACGCCUGACUUUUCGGCACCUGGACAGGUGCGAAACGGGCGUGGCACAUCAAUUGCCUAGAACUACUGGCUGUCUUUCUAGCUUUGAGAGCUUUUCAUUCCAACAUUGUGAAUCACCACAUGCUGAUUCGUUCGGGUAACACUACAGUAGCGGCAUACAUAAAGUGCCAAGGCGGACUCCUAUCGCCACAAUUAAUGAGCAUGACAGGAGCGGGCGUCAUAUCCUCUCAUUGCGUGUGACAUGUCCCAGGCCAUCUGAAUUUCGGAGUGGCUCUGUUGUCAAACCAGGGAGCAUUACCAGGGGAAUGGAGACUUCAUCCUCAGACAGUGAGGAUUUGGGAAAUAUUCUGCGAAGCGGAAAUCAACCUAUUUGCCUCCAGAGAACGCUCACUGUCCCCUUUUGUACUCAAUGACCCAAGCCCGAUAGGCGUGGACAUGCUGGCUCACAAAUGGCUGGCGAAACACAAGUAUGCGUUUUCUGAGAUGCGCCUCCAUUCUGUCGUCAGCAAUGUCCAAGAGGACAUGGAAUCAGUUCUGUUAAUUGUGCCAAAAUGGCUCAAUCAGUCCUGGUUUCCGGAGAUGAUAGAAAUACUAUACGGCCCUCCAUGGGAAAUACCGCUGAGGAGAGACCUUCUCUCUCAACACAAGGCAUGAUUUGGCAUCCCCAGCCAGAUUUGUGGAACCUAUACGUGUGGCCUCUGUAUGGAACACAUUGGACGGGCCAGAAUUGGUUCAGUCUGUGAUUAACACUGGAGGCUGGCUUGUCAUUUAAACAACAUUAAACCUAUAAAAGACAACAUGCCUAAGGAUUUAUCAACGCCCUUCAGGGAUCAGGUGGUAUGUUUGCAAGCCUUUUUUCCACCAUUUAAUUCAGAUGAAGAGCAAUCUAUGCAUAUGUUAUGCCCAGUGAGGGCAUUGCAUACAUGUGUUGAGAGCACCCGUUAGCUUAGUCUGUCAGAUCAGCUCUUUAUUUGUUAUGGAGGAUGCAGAAAAGGAAUGUCUGUCUCCAAACAAAGGCCCUCUCACUGGAUCGUUGAUGCGAUCGCUCUCGCUUACGAAUCACAGGGCGAAAAUUGCCUUAUUGGCGUCAAAGCGCAUUCAGCCAGAGGCAUGGCCUCUGCAUGGGCGUGCACAAACGGUGUGUCCUUACAGGGCAUGUGCUUGGCACCAGGACGGUCCUCACAAAACAGGUUUGUGAGAUUUUAGAACCUGGACGUGGCAUUCAUCUCCUCACAAGUCCUCUAUGUAUAGAGUGCUUCUUACAUUCAAGUGGAUGAGUCCAAACCCUUAUUAUGGAUGGGCUACCGACUAUAAUCAACACAGCUGCCUGAUUACGUGCUGUUGAACUGCCCAUUGCCCAAACAAACUUGUGCCCUUUUUAAGCACGGGCUUCCCCGUCAUUUUACACAACCGCCUGCAUACAGACAGUUGUAAGUUUCCCAUAAAGUCACAAGUACUUUCAUUGUAAUAAAACUUCCUUCCCAUCUGGGCUCAUGAAGGGGUUAAUUCAUACUAUAUGACUAUAUAGUUCAUAUCCAUUCUAAGUGCUCCCCUCCUGGCUCACCAUGAGGGUUAUUCACUUGCAGUAUACUCAUGUCUGUCGCCGUCCUGCAGGACUGCCAUAAGAAAUAAAACCUACUUUUCUAACUAUGUUGUGAGAGGGUUAAUAAACCAUACUGUGUAUGUCUAUAUGAUUCAUAUAAAUUCCAGACUGUGUUAAUUUCCAUCUGGCAUCUGCCAUGUGGGACUAUUCAUAUACACUUUAAUAUGACCUAUAAGCCAUCGGCCUGUGACUCCUUAUAUCUCUAUUUAGUGUUAUAACUCUGGGAGUGUAAUGUCACAUAGUGUGGUGUGAUGGGAUACCGUUCCCCACUGUGCUUGCGGCAAUGUCGAGUGAACUGAAUCUAUAGGGAACGUCUCCGGUUACAAUAUAACCUCGGUUCCCUGAGAUGAAGGGAACGAGACAUUGCCAAAGCUGGCCGCACUACUACUACAGAGGUUUAUAAGUGAUUCACUCUUGUCCCUCAGUCAGAAAAUUAUGAAGAAAUGGUGACUGAGCACCUGCUUAUAUAGGCCUAAUGCGUGGGGCUCAGACACCAUUGCCAAUCAGAAGACUGGCGUGAUUGUGUAAGGGUUUCAACAAGGUCAUGUAAGGACACUUCCCCAUUGUGCUUAUGGCAAUGUCUCGUUCCCUUCAACUCUGGGAACUGAGGAUACGUGUGUAACCGGAGAUGUUUUUACGACAUCUCAUUAUUACGAGAAAAGAUGUCGUUUUUACAACAUAUCUCGUUAUUAUGAAAAAAGAUGCUAUUUUUACAACGUACUGUAUCAUUAUUACGAGACAAGAUGUCAUUUUUACAACAUAGUAUCUCAUUAUUAUGAGAAAAGAUGACAUUUUUACGACAUAACUGUGUGAAAAAAUUACGUCUAUGGCAGCAUUGCGCCACCGUAGGUAUAUAAGGUACCAAAUUUAAAUAAAAGUAAAAGGAACAAGUUUGCAGGGCACUUACUGGCUGUACAUUUCUGUGGCCUGCACUUGUGACUGCUUUAGCUAGCUGUAUAUUACAGGCGUCUCGCUUGUGCUGCUGGUCUUACUAAUGAACUUGAGAAUCCUAAUACUUUUCUGACCGCAUAAUGUAGCAGACUAAUGAAAGUUAGUUCUUUCCUCAAGAAAUCUGAAGCAUAAAAAAUAAAAAUCUUAAUAUUUCUCUAAAUAUGCAAACUUUGGACUAAAAUUUAGGUCCCACUUUAUAUUAGGUGUCUUAAACUACCAUGUACUAACAUUACAAUACAAUGUACUUGAUGUGUAACUGUUGUUCUGCUAAAUUAUUACAAGAUGAUUGUGACUACAGAUGUAAUUAAAUGCAGGCAGGGCCUACUUUUAAAUGUUAGUAAAAUGCAACAACACAUAUGUACAUUGUAUCAAAUGCUUUAGUAAAGACACCUCAUAUAAAGUGGGACCAAAUGUUCUAAUGGAUAUUAUUUAUUGAAGCAUUGACAUGACAUUCAGAAGAGCUUGCAUGAUUGAACAGGUAUGUGUUUGUUAUGUUCCAAAACAUAUUGCAUUUUGAUUUUACAUGCUUUGAUAUGUACUCCUGGCACAAAUUAAGAAAUUACUUUCGAUGUGGCAUUUCUGUCAUAAAACUGGUCUAAUAUUGAAGCCAGAGACCUGAAGUAUGAGCUUUAAUAUAAAUAAAAAAUUAUUUCUUUUUAGAAUAAUUGUUUUGAUACCUCACAUUUUUUAUAUCUGGUGUUGUCUUAAUGUACAUUAAUAUGUAUAUCACUGUGCCUGUUAUAUUAUCCUGUCAUUAAAAAUAGCAAGGUUCGGCAAUUCAUUUGCACUAAGCUGUAAUAAUAUCCCAUAAAAAGAUGUUGCAUGCAAUGAGUGUAGACCAUAAAUUGCUGAAACACACUGCUAUUUUCAUUGUGAGGAUAAUAUAACAGUUUUUCUGUAAUGAUGCUCUUUUACCACAAGAAACCCUGAAUUCAAUACAAAUAUGCAAUAAUUAAAAAAAAGUAAAGACCCUGA